GCAUGGCGUCCGGCCAGCUAGUGCAUGCUAUCUCUGGAUUCGCAGCUAGCUAGCUAGUGGAUCUAUCUAUCUAUCUAUCGAUCAGGAUCGAAUAUGUCCCACAUCGCGGUGGAGCGCAACCGGCGGCGGCAGAUGAACGAGCACCUCAAGGUGCUCCGGUCCCUGACGCCCGGCCUCUACAUCAAGCGCGGCGACCAAGCCUCCAUCAUCGGCGGCGCCAUCGAGUUCAUCAAGGAGCUGCAGCAGGUGCUGGAGUCGCUGGAGGCCAGGAAGAAGCGGCGCAGCGGCGGCAGCUUCAUCAGUCGUACUAGUAGUAGCCCCAGCCCCACGCCCAGCCCGCGCUCCCACUUCCUGUCCUCCGGAUCCUCAUCCGCCGCCAGCAGCAGCACCACCACCAUGGCCACCCCGUCGCCGCCAGUCGCAACGACGACGAUGAUCAAGGAGCUCGCCGCGUGCUGCAACUCGGCCGUGGCCGACGUCGAGGCCAAGAUCUCCGGCUCCAACGUCCUGCUGCGCACGCUCUCCCGCCGCAUCCCCGGGCAGGCCGUCAGGAUGAUCGCCGUGCUCGAGGGCCUCCACCUGGAGGUGCUCCACCUCAACAUUAGCACCAUGGAAGACACCGUCCUCCACUCCUUCGUCCUCAAGAUCGGGCUCGAAUGCCAGCUCAGUGUUGAGGAUCUUGCCUACGAGGUGCAGCAGACCUUCGUCGUCGUCUGCUGCCGGGACGGGGACCUGGAGCUGCCGGAGCCAGCAGACCAGUCGCAGGAGAAUCAUCGCCUCAUGAUGUACUCCUCAGCUAUGGCCAUAUAAAACGACCUAUCAAACGCAUGCAUGGAAGAAAGGCUCCAUCGAUUUAAUUUGCUUACUUGCUUAGUUCAUCUACUUCGUUGUUCUCUCUGGUAGCUAUCUCUGCAAGCCAGAAUGUAAUAUCUUAUCUUACUAUUAUUACUAGAGGUCCUAACGGAAGCACGCCAUAUUAACUCUCUCAUCAGAUGCGCUAGAAAAAAAAAUUAAAUCCUAGAAAUUCUCAAAAUAGUUAAAAACAUUUAGCUUUUAA